UGCGGUAGGCGAUGGAAGCAAACUCGCAGUUUAAGUGCAAUUUACUGAAUAUUUUAAUUUAGUGUCUUAAAUUUUUGAGAUCGAAUUGAGACAUAAAGCCUUAAUUUGCAUAAAGAAUUCGUGAACAAAAAAAAAAGCUUUUCGCUCAAUUUGCUUAAUUUAAAUUGACAUAUUAAGAUAUCAAAGCAAAGACGUCAAAAAGUUUAAUUGUGUGUUAAUUUAUGUUUUCAUAGAAGUGUUAAAGUACAUCCGGACAUUCAAUCGUCAUCUCAGCAAUAUGCUGCAAUUUGACUUAGUGAAAAGAUUAUUUUGGCAAUAUCUAUACUCACAUGUACACAAUAGGAAAUGACUUAAUUUAAUAAACUGUAAUAAAAACAAUAUCGGAUGAUAUAAAGUAAUAAAUAUAGUUGUAGUGCUCAGUGUAAUACAAAGUCAGAAGUGCCUUCAAUUGGAAUGAAAAGAAAACAAUUGGCCAUAAAAGUAAAAUUGAUUAGAUGUUAGUCACACAUGACUGAAUCUGACGUAGUUAAAUGUUUUCAAUGUGCACGAAAAUAAAAAUUUAUCGUGAAAAAUCAGUGAAAUUUUACUUUUUCUAUUUUUUGCAAAAUGAAAACUUUUUUCGGCGAGUCUAGCCUAUCGUGACUGAUUUUAGUGCAAAAUUGCUACUCUUGGUUCAAUAAAGUUGCUUCUAUUUGUUUAAACUUACAUCUUAUGGCUGAUUAAGCUAUAAAUUGCAGUGAAAGAACUCACAAAAAGUGAAAUUCGCAAAUGAACAAGCUAUUUGAAUAAUUAAAGGAUGGAAAUCGAUUUAAAAAUUAAUUGAAGAGCAUAUUUAAAAGUCAAGAAAAGAAAAUGUUGAUAAAUUGAACUUCCGUGAGAUAAAAAGAAGCAACAACUUUUUCUUUAUUUUUUUUUUUUUUUUCAUGUAAAACAAAGCAAAAAGCUUUUAUCAACAAAGAAAAUGGAAUUAAAAGAUACAAAACCACAAUCAAUAACUGUUAUCAGUGAAAAAGUUCAAUCGGUAACGACUGUUGGACAGAAGAGUCACGAGGAAAUAUGGGAUCGAACGCCUAUGUUAUCUCGGAUGAAUUCAAUGGAAUGUUGGGACUAUACGAUUGAAUUGGAAUGUCUGAAUGGACCACAAGAUCUACAACUAGCCGCUGAAUUGGGAAAGACUUUAUUGGAGAGAAACAAAGAGCUUGAGAAUUUAUUGAGGGCACACCAGCGAAAAUGUGAAGAUCAAAAGCAGGAAAUAGAGUUUCUGACGAAGCAAAAUCUCGCGCUUAAGGAAGUGAAUGAUACUCGAAUGCAGAUUUACGAAUCGCUAGAUAUAAGCAUUCAUGAUCUUGAACGUGAAAAACACCAGCUGAUUAUCGAGAAUUCAUUCAACAAGAAACAUAUAAAAGAAUUGAAUGAGACGGUUGAAAAGCUUGAACAGAAGUGUGAGGAAGCGACGAAACAAUUUGAGGAUGUGAGACACAUUUUGGAGCAAGAACGACGUAAGAUUGAGAGAGUUCAGGAAGGUAGUAGCAGUAAUAAUAGCAGCAGCAGCAACAUCAACAAUACUAGCAUCCAUAAUGAUACAAAUGAGUCUGUAAUUAAAGCCACAAUAGUCAAUAAAGAAUCUACAAUGCGCCAUAUAGGAAGUGCCAGUGAGCCAGAAAGUGAUGAGGCUUCCACACCAACAAAUCCAUCGAAAUCGUUCACAAGUGGACAAAUGUCGAUUACACAGACACCUUUUAUGAAUUAUUCUCAAGACUUUUCGAGUAUUCAGCCAAUCUAUUCGCAAGACAGCGAAUCACAUGAUAGUGGAUUUAAAACAGGUAGUAGCAGUAGCAAUUGUGCUGAUCAUGAGGAACUUCUACGUGUACUAACGGAAUUAGAAGAUUCAAAGCAGCAAGCGCACAGUGCACAAAUGACAAUAUCUGAAUUAGAGCAGCAAUUAUCAGUAUUGAGUCAUGAGAACUCAGUUUUACAAAACCGAAUCGUGCAAUCAAAUACAUUAGAUGAGAUGAAGUCAGUUCAUGAGGAGCUUUCAUUCUUGGAAGAAGUUCGACAAGGACAAAUGUGUACGAGAUGUCUGAAAAGCUAUGAUGAUCGCAUGACAGAUAAUACAUCAUAUAUUGGAACCGAAGGAGAUGACGAAGAUCGUAGUUUAAUGGAAUUGCUCAAUGAAACAAAUACGCAUUCAUUGCCACUUGUCUAUCAGUCGGCUGUUACAAUUAAGGAUGAUGAAGACAAGUCAUUGAUCAGUACAGAAGGUAAUGAUAUAAGUGAAGAUUCCAAGACGGUACAAUACAAUCCGUAUAAAGAGCUUGUGGCGAAAUAUGAAGCACUUUUGGAGAUUCAACGAAAUCCACGAACAAAAGAACCACAAGUACAGCAGCCACAACCGCAAAGUUUACAAGAUGAAUUAAAUUCGACAGAUUUUAGUUCAUUGAACACGAAAUAUACAUCAGAAGAUGAGAAGAAAUUAGGAAUGCGCCAUCCUGAUUUCUCAGAAGUUGAGACAUCAAGUUCAGGCUUUUCGGAUGAAAUUCCAUCUACAAAAGCAACGCAGACUGACAACAGUUCAUUCCUCUUCACAAUUGUGGAUGGAGAAGAUUGUAAAUUCAGUAUUUAUGAUGAAGCCGCAUCAGCACCGAUUGAGUCGAGAUUCCGAGAACGUCCAAAAUACCGUGAAUUAUUUAAAGAAAUUUUCACGGUUCUCAAGAAGGCAGCUGAAAAUAAAGAAGAGGGUGAAAGUUUACCAUUAUUAGACGAUAACGAGAAAGUCGUAAAUGCAGAAGUCAGUAAAGUACCACCAGUCACACCAGCUAAUGAAAAUAUACCGCCAUGCAAAGAUUUUGACAUGCAGAGCAUUAUCUCGUCAGCUAUUUCUGAAAAUUCCAUUGCAGUAUCCGAAUGCAUUACGAAAACUGAACGUAAAAAGGCAAAAUCGUAUAAGAAACAAGCAGCAAAAGAGGAAAUUGAAAAUAAACCUCCAGCAUCGGCUGUUCAAGUUAUAGGCGGUAAACUCGUUACACCUUACAACCGAAUCGCUCUUGAUUUUGCCGCAAUUAAUGCGAAGAAACGUGCACGUCGUAGUCGUCAGCGUAGUAAAGACAAAUAUGGAACUUCUGGUCGAGAUUCGAGUGCUUGUAGUGCAGCUUCAGAAACGUCAACAUCUAGUGCAACUCAGAGAUUUGUUGAAAAGAAAGAGAAGGAGGUAAAUACCACAGCAGCAACGAUUGAAAAAGCACCAUUAACACCUACAAAAAUGAGAAAAAUUCGACGCCCACGCGAAUUGCUUCAGCUUACAACACUGUCAACGUUAAAUGCUGGCGAAUGGAAUGGCGAUUCUAUAACAAUUUAUAAUAAAAAUAGCAACAAAGCUAAUAAUCCAUCGGAAUUUUACUGUCGUCCGACAACAAUUGGCACCGAGCAAAUUCAAUUCAAGGCCAGUGCUGCAUCUCAUGAACUGAGAAAAUUGAAAAAAUUAGAUCUUUCUUAUGCUGAAGUUCUCAAACAAUCUGCAGCAGCUCGUCUACGUGCUGCACAGAAGCAUAAAUAAGUUGUUUUCCGAACAGCCUUCUUUAAAGUAUUUAAUUUAAUUAUU